AAGCUACUCGAGUAUUCGACCAAUAUUAGUCACGACUGAGAAAAUCAGGAAGUAAAUUUAGUCAUAUCAAAUUGUUCAGCUGUAACACAAACAGAUUAAAGCUGGGUUGGUUUUAAACCGUUUACGACUUUAGUUUAACAAAUAAGGAUAAUUUACAGUCUGACAGAAUCAUGGCAUAUCAGGCUUUCCGUACAAACGGAGCGCCGACAUAUUACGACGAAAACCCGACGCCAUGGCAGGCCGACAUACUGGAAUCCGGUCUGAUAUUUGCAUUCGUUAUUCUUGCGGUCUCAUUCUAUGUCAUAUUACCGGGAAUAAGAGGGAAAGAGAAAAUAUUUACAUUCAUCCGAGUCACACUUAGUCUAUAUAUUGGAGCAGUAAUAAUACUAACUAACUGGACGUACACGUGGGAGACAGGGGAGAUACACACCAGGACAAAGUACAAGGCAGGCACGGGUGAAGAAAUAGACGCCGAUAUAGGUGUUCAUAUUGGCCUCAGAGGAAUUAAUAUUACAUUGAAAGGUACACCAGAAAAGCAGCUAAACGAGACGAUAAAUUAUAAUGAACACUUCAGUUGGGAAUGGGAACAAGGACGACUUGGAUUUGGUCCAUUCGCGGGACGUUUUAACCGAGAAUACCGUGCUGCCCAGUUCCGCGGUCUACCGUUACCUAUUCUGUGGAUAGCCGAAUAUUUCACGUUAGAUGGAGAAGGGAUCAGAUGGGGACGUCAUUAUAGACAGGCUGGCUGGUAUUCUCAUAUUAUGCUCUGGUUAUGUUUCCCCUUGUGGCUGCUAACAAACAUUCUGUUCUUCGUGUUAUUGAGAUACGGUGCGUACUUUUUAAUCAUGACCGGUGGAAGCAUGAUCAUUGCCAACAUCAUUUGGGCCUCCUUGCGCAAUUUGAACGAACUGAAAAUACCUUGGGAAGAUGGCAUCAUGGAGUUUUCGUACGGAGGAUCGUUUUAUGUGUCUCUCAUUACAGGUAUUUUCUGUGUUGUUGCUGGAAUAGUUAUAAGAGUCUUGGACCUGAGAUUUCCAAAUGCACUGACAUCCUUCUUCGGCGUUGACGUUCUCCAAGAUACGGACGAGGUCGCUGUUGCAGCACCGACUGAAAGGCGUGUUGAUUACGAGGACCAAGCUGCAAGGAAAAAAGGUAUAGAAAUGCAGGACAGGGACGGAGAACCGAGCACGUCUGCUGAUAGGCCCAAACCAGGGGAACCGAUGAAGCCGCCAGUGAGUGCCAAGGCCGCCAUGUCGGCUUCCAUUCAUGUAGUGCCAGAAGAGGAAGAAGACGAUGAAGAACUGUACAUGGCACCGGUCGAACCGCCGGCACAUCGAUAUGAGAAAAGGAAAUCUCGUGGACUGACCAUAAAACUUCAGAAAUCUCGCCGUCGCCGACCACCACCACCACCGCCGGCGGACGAACCGGACGAAAUGUACGUCAAUACAGGGGUAAGAUACAGCAAGGGCGACAAAAAUUGUGAUUACUCGGAGGUGGUAAGGUUCAAUGAUAGCAGUGUAGAAGAUGUUGCCAUCAGCAUGGAUAACUAAUGUGGGAAGAAAACAUUUAUUUAAUCUGCGUAUAUGUAUCAGUGAAUGUCAGAUGUGUUUCAUAAAUGUGUAUAUAUAACAGAUUGCUGCUUCAGUGUGGGUUCUUAGAGUGACCGCGCUACACAAAUAUGCAUUUAGCGAUUCUGAUGUGUAGUAUAACAAAAUCAAUUAGUUUUUUACUACCUAUAACCUAGGUACAUUGAAUCCGUUAAAUAUAGUUUAAAGGAAGUAUCCGAGUUCGCAUAAUACGAGCUUUUAAUGUAAAUUUUUAUUUCGUACAAUAAUUUUCUAAUAACGUGAUUGUGGAAAACUUGAACGAGUGACAAGGACGAACCCGGUUUUCACAUGUUAAGUGAUCUUAAGUUAUUUAUCAAAUUGUUACAGACGUAGUUAGCAAGACUUUUCUCAUUGAUAUGAAGUAAUGAUUAUUGUCACAUUUACUUUAAGGCAGUCUAUUAUUAGCAUGAAGGAAUCAUCAUAUUUGCUCCCAGUAGGCUUUUCAAGUAUAAAUAAGUAUAAAUAAUCACAAUAAGUUGGUCAGUCAUUUGAGGAGUCUCGUAUUUUGUUAUCUCCAGCAAAUUUCGUCAGAGACUAGGCUGCCAUAUAUGUCAUUAGAAUCAAUAGAAUUCAGUUUUUCGGCAGAUACCGGUUUAAGGAAUCUAUAAACUGUUAAUGCAUUAAUGUUGCGUUCUAGUCCGUUCAAAUACACUGAUCAUCCGAUUUUCAGCAGGAUAACGCAUUUCCAAGUAAGGAAUAAAACUAUUUUUUCCAGAGAAUAUAUUUCAACCAGCAAAACAUUAUUCUAUGAAAUAAUAAUGAUCUAGCGUAUGAUUGUAAACUUUUUGUUUUGUAAAAUUGAUUUUUUAAAACUUCAACAAACAACUAAAAUGGGGCUUGACUAGCAGUUCAUAAAGUUUGAUAAUAUUAACUACAAUUUCAGAUUUGUUUUCGGCGUGAGUAAUUUUCGUGGUGUUAUAUAAUAAAUUAUAAGUCGACCCAUGCAGAAUUUGCGUUUUGUUCAGUGUGUAAUUUACAUUUCUGUGCAUUUGGAGGAAAAUAACCAGUUCCCAUUUAACAUUGUUACCAUACACUUACCAAGUUUACCGUACUAUACAACUAUAACAUUGAAAGUGUCAUUUUCUAGUGACAGUUUCCUGACAUUUUUAGAUAAUAUAUUGUAUAACUGGAACCAGUUUUUGAAUAAGUGCAUAUAUAUACUAAUGCAGACUUUAUUAAUAUUUGAGUGGCUAGCAAAUAAGGUGGUACUAAUGAAACUAUGUAUUGCAUAUAUAUUGUUGUUUAUACAAAAUAAAAGUCUGCAUGCA